AGUAGCUGGGGCUACUGGUGUGCCACCAUGCCCAGCUAAUUUUUGUAUUUUCAGGAGAGAUAAGGUUUCACCAUGUUGGCUAGGUUGGUCUUGAAUUCCCGACCUCAGGAGACCCACUCACCUCAACAUCGCAAAGUGUUGGGAUUACAGGCAUGAGGCACUGUGCCCAGCCAGUUUUCUUAUCUAUAAAAUGAAGCUUCCUUUUAUCUCAUAGGUUUGUCUUGAGAAUUAAGUAUUAUAGCACUUUAAACAGUACCUGGCAUCUGGAAAGCAGGUUAUAAAUGGUAGAUAUUAUCAACAGCAAGAUGAUGAAACUGGAGUUGCAAAAUUACUUAAAAACUCAUCCUUUUUAGAAAUAAAAUUAUAUUUUUAAUCAUUCAAGUACAAUCUACAGUUUAACAUUAUAUACUUAAAGUCAGUUUCUGAAUUCAUUGAGCAGAUACUUACUGUACCCCUACUAUGUGCUAGGCACUGCUCCCGGCACAGGGGGAAUCAGUGAUGAACGAACAGAGAGAAGUCCUUGUCCUGUGGGGCUGACAUUCUACCUCAGAGGUCUUGAGCUACAGUGGAAGCCGAAGAGGGGCUCAGAGGUGGAACGCUCUUGUUCUAGUCUGAAGUUAAAAACCAAACAACUUGCUGACUGAAGAGAUAUUAGGAAUGGAAUCAGGGAUGACUUUUAAGACCGCAGGCUGACCAAAUGGAAGGAAGUGUUUGCUAUAAAUGAACACAGGAAAACCUUGGGGAGAACAGUCUGGGGAUGGUCAGGAGUUCAGUUUUGUGCCAUGACAGGUCUGAGCUGUCCAUCAGUGACACCAAAUCAGCAGACAGAAAUACAACUUGGAAGUUCAGGGGAGAGGCCCGGGCAAGAGAUUUCAGCUGAGUGGCCAUAAGAUUUAUCUAGGAGAGUAUCUGGACUUCAAAGACUAAUAUCCUUUUAAUAUCCACAGCAGGAGUAGAUAGUAAUGUUGAUGAACUAUAUUUCUAUUUAUACUUCUACUUUUCUAGCUCCUUUUUUUUGUAUAAGAAAUUCUGCCUUCAUGAAAGGUCUAUAGCUAAUGAAAGUUGCUUUCAUUUCAGAAGUUUUUCCUUCUAAAGCAGGCAAUGUUUUAUAGGAUUACUGUUUUCAUCAAGGCAGAAAAAUAAUCAAAAUGUUUUGAGAAUAGAAAUGUACAUUAAAGCACACUUAACCCGUUUAUUCUUCAGCGAGCUUCCUUAUGCUAGAGGUUAGAGUGGGGAGCAGCUGGGUCCCUUCCACCUGCCAUCAUGAUCGGUCAGCCUCACAAAGGUUGUGUCUGCACUAACAACCACGGCGACUGGCAAAACAAGCCAGGAUGCUGGAGGGCCCCAGUGAGGUUUCUUCUGAUGCAGCACUAACAACACUGCUGUGACUACUAGUGCCUGCAAUUCAACUCUGCUUCUUCCAGUAUUUAUUUAUACACUGAAUUGUUUAUACUUCCCAUGAAAUAAAAUAUAAGAACAAAGUCAGUACAGACUUCAAAGCUUAAAGACUUAGAGAGGUAAGACUUAACAUGUAAUCAAUACUAUGGCUGAAAAGCAAACCCACAGAUGUUAGAUUUCCCAAAGAGGAAAACAGUAUCUUGCUAAAUGCCAAACUUAGGAUUAAAACAAACAAAAACAAAAAAUCCAGAUAACUGAAACGUGUUUGUUUAUUUACUACUUUUAAAGAAAUGAUUAAAGUCUAACAUGGUUAACAGUUGUUACAUUUAAAAAUCCAAUAAUAAAAUUAUCUUAUUUCUGUAUAAUGGGUAUGAAUUUAUAGCUUGUAGAAUCCAACUUACUGAGGAAGACAAAAAUGAGAAGCCAAAAGAAUGGCAGUGAGAUACAUCUAUACCAUUAUUCAUGGGCUACGACCUCAGUAUCUGAUCACAGUCUUAUCUGACAGGUCUCAUCACGUUAUUUUGGGUGAUUUCUUCAUAACAUUUCCUGAAAUCUACAUAGUCAACUUCCACAAAUCUUUCUAAGUGGAAGGAAUAACAAGAAAACUCAGGGCACCACACACGCAAAAAUACUUGUAGGUUUAGUGAUCAGAUUCUAGUCAAAAGUUGUUGCUGGGUUUUAUUGAAAAAAAUAUACAACAUAUUUUAAAAAGCAUUCUUUUAAAAUUUAACAAUUGUAAGAAUUCAGGUUUCAGACAAGUCAAGAAUACCAGGAAAAAAAGGGAGUCUCAACUCUCAUUUGCAAAGCACAACGUAGUUAAAAAUAUUUCGGACCACAUUUUUAACUGAGGGCAUAAAAUAAUAAAUUAUAUCUUUCAACACAGACAAAAUUUCAAAAAUAAAUUAUAACUAUGUGACUAAAACAUAAUAUUAAAAGAAAAGAAAGCCUUUUUGUGAGCACCCAAAUAAUUCCUCCUCUGUACACAGGGGCAACAAAAGCAUUUUUAGCUUUCAGGUUUCAACAAAUCCUGUUGUAACAACAACUCCCUCCCUUCCCCGCCUCUCCUUUCUUAAUUUUCCCACAUCUCAAAAAAUGAGAUGGAGAACGUGGUAUUUAUCUUCUAGCACCAUCAGCAGUUUUUACCUCUCAGAUUUCUACAUUGUCCUUUAUUUGCUAUUUUCAAGUUAACUUGUUGGAGCUUUAUAAAAAUACCCAGAAUUUCUGAAAUAAACCUCACAUAUAUGGUUCUUCUUCACCAUAACUAACUGAGGUUAAUUUGAAGACAAGUGACUGAAGGAGUUAAGACAGUGAAAGCUACUGACAAAAGGUAGGGGAAAUAAAAUGUGUCUGUAAUGUUUAGAGAUCUAAGAACAGAUCUUUUGAUAUUAUUUAGUUUGAAUUAUAAGUUGUAAAUCUGCUUUUAAAUAUUAUUUUUGAUAUAAAAAAUCUUGUCUGGAAAGCCAACUUUACAUUUUAGUGAAAUCUACAACAGACUUUCUGUUGGUGGAACAGUUCAGAAAUUGAACGUGCUUAGGUUCUGUUCUGUGUGCACUGUGUUUUAAGACCAUGAGAGAGCUUUUGCUGCAGACCAAGUUUUUUACAUGUGACCCCUCUGCUUUUGCUUGCUUUCACAAGUAUUUCUCUACUACCACCACAGCUGCUGAAACAGCAUGCCUUUAUUCUCUCUGAGAUAGAAAUUUUGAGAGAACAGGCCACAAACGGUAUUAUGCUUGUGGCUAGAGGGUAGCUGCAAUACAGCUAAAAUGCCAGUAUAUUUGUAUGAGCAGAAGGCAACCUUCAUAUGGAGAACAAAUUCUUUCUAUAAUUCUCUAUGCAGAAAAAAAGUAUUUGAAUCCAAUAUUCAAUAGUAAGCAAGCACUAUACUAACUAAAUGCAGUAUCAUAUUGUUUACACUGAUUUUGGCUGUCUGUAAUUGAUCACUGCCAGUACUUGUUAAUUGUGAUGAACAAACUGUCUUCAUGUCUGAAAUAUACUGAAAGUUACAAAAUGUAUUGAUUAAUGGGAAGAAAAGGAUUAUAAUUGGUAAGCUGAACACAGAUUGAUAACAUACAAAGGUUAUUCAGUCAAAGUAGAAAGAAAGAGAGGGAGAGAGAAAAGGUAAGCAAGCAGAUGCUGUUAGAAAACGUUACAGGAACCCCACACUUGAAGAAUCCCUAAGCUGAAAAUGGUCCGGAGGCAGUAAUUUAGCAAGCUGGCUGGAGUCUGAAAUGCUAAAACCUAAACUUGAAAACAGCUAUUAUAAAACUGUAAACAUGUGCUUGAUUUUUUUCUAGAAACUUUAGCUUUUGUUCUGUUUUGGUCUAAGUCUGGAAAAACAGAAAAGAAACAAACUGUAUGAGAGCAGGCAAAUGCUAAGUACACUGAUGUUUACAGAUAAGUCAGACUCUCAAGGACUUAAAAUCCUAGGGAAAUCCUUUUCUAAAAUGGUAAGAGUUACAUUUUAAGAUUAUGAAUAAAAACAGAACAGCACAAUCCAGAUAGCCUAGGAUCUAAUGUCUUAGAGAAUCAAUGUUUGUAGCUAUGCAAAGUUUGUACUUUAAAUAUAGGCAAUGGAUGAGUAGUAUUUCAAAUAUUGAACCAAAGCCAGGCAUCAGUCCUUGCUAAGUCAUCUGAAGCUGAGCCAUUUGCCCUAUUAACAUCCUCUACAGUCCUUUUUUUCCCUGUUGGGGAGCGCAGUGGGUGAAGUAGGCAGUUAAUGGUGCUUUUUGCCUCCAGAUGUAGUGCUUUCCCUGGUUCCCAUGGGAAACACUGGGAAAUUCAGGGGAGAAUUUCAGGAGUGUUGUGAUAAAGAGGGAAAAGAGGAGGGAUGAUCCAGUGAGGUAGGAGGGGUGAAGAGAGAUCUGGACACUGCAGGUUGGCUGCUGAAGACUGGCAGCCAGCUAGCAUGGAGUGAUUGCCUAUUUGAACAUCCUAAUCGGAAAAAACGAGGAUGCCUGAGAUUGUCUGAGGUUUCUUUCAGCUCCAAGAUUCUAUGAAAAUAAAUCAGCCCAGAGAAGGAAGAGAAAAAAGGAAAAGAUCUAAUUUUAAACAUCAAUUGUCACAAUACACAAGAAAUAAAAAUACUAAUGAUGAUGUCAAUUUUAAAUUACAAAGGACUUUCUGUGGCUUAAAUAUUGUUCCAAGCCCUUAAAACAUAUUAACCUAUUUAACUCUAUGAAAGAAGUAUUGGCAAUCCUCCCCAUUCUUCAGAAGAAGAUACUGAGGCACAGAGAGGUAUAAAGCUAACAACUAGCCCAAGUGUUUUUGACUGAAGAGCCUGUAUCGCCUUUUGUGAAAUACAUAUGAACCACAAUAGAGCCACUUUAGCAUAUCAUUCAAAAUUAAUUCAGAACAACAAAGAAAGUCAGUACUGCAGUGUCUCAGAAACCAUUAUAGUUUUCUCAAAGAAAGCAGUAAGCAGUGCCAGAUGGGCUAGAUGGGGGAACAGGAAUAGAAAGAUGGAAUCAGAAGCCUUUUUGUUUCUUAAAACACAGCCAAGCCACAAAGUAGGUGCAGUCUUUUCCUUUCUCGUAAAAAUAAAGAAAGAAAAUAAAGCGUUAAAUUAUUUCUGGUAUCUUUCACAUACAACUAAUGAUGUGGUUAUUGCCGGUAUGUGUUUUUGAUAUCUGCCAUUACUACUUCUGAAUUGUUCAGAAUAGCCGACUUCAUUUGGGUAAGGAAAUUAUUCUGGUCCCAGCUAGAAAGGACCUCACAUUCCCAUAUGAAAAAAAAAAAAAAAAAAAAACAGUGGCUGAGUACCAGGUACCAGAAGUAAAACAAGUACUAACCUCAGUCAGGAUUUUGCAAGCAGGUAUUAACUAGAACUUAGGGAUAGGCACGCUAGUGACUUAGCUGUCUUUCCACUGCUUUUCUUCCCCUCAAAUGGUUCACCCAGCCUACGUGCCCGGCACUGUGGGUGCGUCAUAAAGACCUGUUUAUAAAAGCCACUUCUUAAGUACUUCUUUUCUAAAACGUAUUUGUAAACCAUCUUUAAAAGGUGACCUUAAUGUAUUUUCUUCCUUUUUACCUACUAUUUUCAUUAAGAAUAAAAUCAUUUAGAAACCUAUAAUGCUAUUAAAAUUCUUUAUUGGACACUGUAGCUAGAAUUUGAAAUGUCUACAUCUCCUAACAAGGUACAUGUCCACUUUACAGACAGUCUCCGCGUCUGUUGAGUUUUAAAAAGAAUUAAGUGGGCAACUGCUUUCUUUAUGCCCUGUAUCAACACCACCCAUGCGCAUCCCUUCAAGGCCUGGUGGGAGCUUUUCUCCUCCCAGACUACAGCAUGCUCAGCUGCUUAGGGGCUGGAGAAGGGGGAGUACUCAGAUGUGUUCCUGGCUCCUACUCUAAAGCGAAGCCUUUUGUUUACUCACACUUUCUUUCCUUAGUCCUGAUUUUGUCCUCUUUCCCUAGGGUUUGUUAUUUGGUUCUCUACUGCACAGAAUAGAUAGAGUUCUGACACCCAUCAUAGUUAAGCAUCAGGAUUUUCUAAGAGGACAGAGUUAACAGUAACAUCAUGGCCUCGGCAGGACUCCAGCUCCUUGCUUUCAUCCUGGCCUUAUCCGGGGUCUCUGGAGUGCUCACCGCCACUCUGCUGCCCAACUGGAAGGUGAAUGUGGAUGUGGGCUCCAACAUCGUAACAGCCAUUGUGCAGCUGCAUGGGCUCUGGAUGGACUGUACGUGGUACAGCACCGGGAUGUUCAGCUGUGCCCUGAAACACUCCAUUCUGUCCCUCCCCAUCCACGUGCAGGCUGCAAGAGCCACCAUGGUCCUGGCAUGUGUUCUGUCUGCUUUGGGGAUCUGCACUUCCACAGUAGGAAUGAAAUGUACUCGCUUAGGAGGGGACAGAGAGACCAAGAGCCAUGCUUCCUUUGCUGGAGGAGUCUGUUUCAUGUUUGCAGGAAUCUCCAGUUUAAUCCCGACAGUGUGGUACACAAAGGAGAUCAUAGCAAACUUUCUGGAUCUGACAGUUCCAGAAAGCAACAAACACGAACCUGGAGGAGCUAUCUAUAUCGGAUUCAUUUCAGCAAUGCUGUUGUUUAUCUCUGGCAUGAUUUUUUGCACCUCCUGUAUAAAAAGGAAUCCAGAAGCUUGGCUCAACCCACCCACGCAGCAGCCUAUCUCUACCACACAGCCGGAGAACAAUUCCACACGCAACCUGAGGGAUUAUGUGUAAAUAUCUGCGUAAUACAUAAUGGAACUUUUUGUGCCAAAUGGGACUUUCAGAUUUAAAAAAAUCAGAAUCAUGCUUAACUUUCCCUACAAAGAAAGUAGAAUGUAAAAUACUUUAACAACUACAAGGUAGUUUAAAAUGCCAAUAAAACGAUCAUAUACAAUUAUAUCUGUCUGAAGAGUUCUUUAUUUUUUCCAUUAUUGUUUCCAAGUUUUAUUUAAGGAUUUAUAAUUGAAAGAGGUUCUGAUUACAUUCAGAAGGCAAUUAAUUGACAGCUUUUUUCUUUCUAAAGAUAAUUUGCUGACACAGCAUUUGAACUGGAUUUUAGAAAAGAGCUGAACUGCCAAGUAUUAAAAGUACCUUGCCCUGAUGUUAACCAAGAAUAUUAUCCACUUUGCUACCUGGUUGGCAACAACAGAGCAACCUGCUUCUGUUUUAAAGCUACAGUGUGUGAAAGUACAUUAGGAAUACAAGAGCUGGCUACUCCAUUCAGAUGCUGCCAAAACCAUCCAUCCCAAGUCCCUACCUCCUGUGACUAGCCCGUUUCUUCUUCAUUUUAGAAAACCAGCUACAUAUAUUUGUAACAGCUGACAAUAUUAUAGCGAACUAAGAUUAGGCAGAACUGAAUAAAAGAAAUUGGUAAAUGAUACCACAGUAAAGCAAAGCCAAAACCAAACUAAAAUAUCUAGGGCUCUUAAAGCAUUAAGUGCAAGCUAAGUGAUAACAACAAAAGUAUGUUUUAAAAUGUUUCAGAACUCCCCUCUGCUUCUAGCAAGAGGAUUCUCCACAAAUUAAGUUCAUUUAUCCUGUAACAGUCUGGAUUUACUACCAUCCCACUCCCUCUCUCAUUUAUUAGUAUUUGGAUGAUGAAAGUUAUCUUUAAGUUGUCACUUUUUCUCUCAAAUUUCAUUCAUGUUAAUAAAAACAUUGUUAUUUUCUUAUAAAUGAGCUGUUUCAAUUAAUGAACGUCAAAAUAUAUUUUAAAGAAGAAUGCUUUUAAAAUGUAAAUUAUGAUACGUGAUUCAAAUAUUUUAGCAAGAAAGUAAAACUUGGAUUUUCUAUAGGUGCAAAGGAAAUACUGCACACUAUUCUUUCUAACUAUUUGUUAAUUGAAGCUUAGUCACUGUCAAUGAUUCAAUGGUAAGGGGGAAGAAAGACUAUUUCUUUGUACAUUAAUAAUUCAGGAAGUUGGAAGAAUAUCUUUUAUGUAAGUAAAUAACUUUCAUUUUUGCAUAUAAACUAACAUAUUUUAUACAUAUUUUACUGGGUAGACAUCAUUCUCUUCUGAAACAAUGUCAUUAGCUAUAAUGGAAUAGCUAAAACGAAAAGGUAUUAUCACACAUGGGAAUUAGGAAGGGAAUCAUUUUGCAGAAGUUUAAAUGAUUGUUUAUGUAUUCUUUCUGAGUGGUCAAAAUGUUACUUUAUACACAAGUAUCAUAUUAAAAAGAAUUCUGACACAAAGAAUGCUUUCAUGAAAUUAAUGUGACAGAACUGCUUUGACCCCAUUAACGUUCUCUCACUUUGCUUAAUGUGGCUGGGUUUAUGCAGUCUACGUAGCCUAUUGUCCUACAGUAAAGGUUCUCUUCAUAUCUGCUAUAUCAUUCUAUAUAUACUUCAAAAAAUAUUUUAAUUUAGCUCUGGAAUAUUUCCUUCCUAAGUAGAAACAGGAAUGUUUCAAACUCUCAAAAAACCAGUGAUUUUAUAAGAAAUAAUGGCCCAUUGUACUAUUUGGAAGUGGCAAUCAUGCAAUGAAUGAUGUGGAGUCUCUCUAUUCCUACAGGAAUUCCUACCCCGCUGCAUUCACCCCUCCACCUGCACUCUUCGCAGCCUCACUGUCUUGAUACCAAAGCUCCUGCUCAUCCUUCAAGAUUCAUACGGGACCUCUCUUUUAGACUCAAUCCUGACAGCCAAGAAGUUCCAGCCUGCAUCUGUGCUCUCAGAAAAUGCUCCAUUUAACAAACUAUGAAUUUAAUAAAUGCUCUCAUUUAAUCCUCACAACUCACAAGCAAACCAAGACUUCAGUUAAGUAAUGAGUACUGUAUAAAAACGCUCUACUUAUGAAAUUAUGAGUUUGCAUAAUCGCAUCUCCAACUAGACUAGGAGGUGAGGUGUCCUUUUUACCUCUCAUUCUCAGUGACAUGUCAUGGCAAGUGCUUCCUAACACAUGCCAGUCCUGGUCUAAAUCUUUUGCAUACUGGUUUAAACCUAACAAUUCUACCAGAUAGGCACUAUUCUCAGGAUCUUACAGGACACUGAGGAGACAGAGGUGAAGUGAGUUCCCUAACUUGCCCAAGGUCACACAGCUAGUAUGUGGGGAGAUGGAUCCAACCUGAGGGAACCAGGUUCUGGAGUCAAACCACCUGGGUGCAAGUCCUGGUGUGGGUACAUGGUUACAUAUUACACAUUACUUAACUAAGGUCUUGGUUUGCUCAUGUGAAAAUGAGGAAAGAAUGGCAUCUAUCCAUAGAGUUCUUGUGAGGAUUAAACGAGAUGACACACAGAAGGCAGUUGGUGCACAGAAAGCAUGACUAAUGCUACCCAAUGGUUCUUAGUCUAAUCCAGUGCCUUUCCAUGGGGUAAGUUUAGCCUGUAGGGGACAUUUGGCAAUGCCGGGACACAUUUUUGGUUGUCUCAAUGGAGGCAGUGCUACUAGAAUCUACUAGGAAGAGGCCAGGGAUGCUGUUAAGUAUCUUACAAAGCAACAAAGAUACUUUGACUCUGGCAACAAAGAAUUAACUGGCCCCAGGCCAGGCGCGGUGGCUCAUGCCUGUAAUCCCAGCACUUUGGGAGGCUGAGGCGGGGGAUCACGAGGUCAAGAGAUUGAAACCAUCCUGGCCAAC